AUGGCAGGGUCAAGUGGUGAAGUGAAAUUAAAGCUUCUUAUAGAUUCAAAAGAAAAAAGAGUUCUUUUUGGUGAAGCAGACAAGAACAUGAUUGAUUUUCUUUUCAAUCUCCUUUCCCUUCCGCUUGGGACUGUGAUUAGGCUUUUGAAAAAAGACAUGGCUGGAAGCUUGGCUAAUUUGUAUGGGAGUGUUGAAGCUUUGAAUGACACGUAUUUGCAGCCAAAUCAGAGCAAAGACAGCCUCUUAAAGCCUAAAGUUUCAUUCUCUGCCUCUACCUUGCUUUUGCCAAACAUUGAAUCGUUUGCUGACCAAAAGAAGCUGUACUUAUGUGGUAAUAAAUGUGGCUAUAACGUUGCUAGUAACCCUACGGCGGUUUGUCCGAAUUGUAGGAGUGCAAUGAGUCGAGAAUGUGGAUUUGUAAAUCCACCAAGUGCAAAUGCACAGGCAACACAAGAUGUGGGAGAAUUUGGAGGAUUUGUGAAAGGUGUGGUAACUUAUAUGGUGAUGGAUGAUUUGAGUGUCAAACCAAUGUCCACCAUUUCUAGUAUUACUCUCUUGAACAAGUUUAAUAUUAAAGAAGUUGGUGCUUUGGAGGAAAAAGUCGUUACUUUGGAUGUUAGUCAGGGAUUGAAGCUGCUGAAGGCCUCCCUGCAAUCCAAGACUGUUCUUACGGAUGUCUUCCUUGGAAGAAAUUUAAAAUUAUCGAGUUUACCACGUUUCAGAAAUCAAUCAAUUUUUGAUUGA